GCCCCCGCCGGCCGCCCGCGCCCCCCGCAGACCGCCCCUGCCCGGCCAAACCCCUCCCCUGUCUGCAGCAAGUGGCAGCGGGAGAAGGGCGGCGGCGCCAUCACGUGAGCCGCCCUGCCGAGCGGCGCGGCGCGGCGCGGCGCGGCUGCCCGGCGCAGCUCGGCAGCCAGACACCCGGCCCCGGUCCCCAGCGUCCCCUCGCCGCCUGCCUCGCGCUCCCAUGCCCAGCAGCGAGGCGGUGCCGCUGGGGCUGGGCGCCUGCCGCAGGUCGGGGGCGCUGGCCGGGAUGCUGGCGCUGGUGGCCCGGCUGCUGGAGUGGCUGCGCUCGCUGUUCUGGAAGGAGGAGAUGGAGCUCACGCUGGUGGGGCUGCAGUACUCGGGCAAGACCACGCUGCUCACCGUGCUGGCGUCAGGGCAGUUCACAGAAGAUAUGAUUCCUACGGUAGGCUUCAAUAUGAGAAAAAUAACAAAAGGAAACGUUACCAUAAAGGUAUGGGACAUUGGAGGGCAGCCAAGAUUUCGAAGCAUGUGGGAGCGUUAUUGCAGAGGAGUCAAUGCAGUUGUUUACAUGGUAGAUGCAGCAGACUUAGAAAAAGUAGAAGCUUCAAAGAAUGAGCUACACAAUUUAAUAGACAAGCCACAAUUGCAUGGAAUUCCAGUCUUAGUCCUUGGAAAUAAAAGAGACCUCCCAGGUGCACUGGAUGAAAAGCAGCUAAUUGAGAAAUUAAACCUUUCAGCUAUUCAAGACAGAGAAAUCUGUUGCUAUUCUAUUUCCUGUAAAGAGAAAGAUAACAUAGACAUAACAUUGCAAUGGCUUAUUCAGCACUCCAAAUCAAGACACUGUUGAAGAAAACUUUUGCUGAGGAUAACUUUUCUUUCCCGAUCACUUUGACUCCUAUCAGCUAUACACUACUGAAAAGAUAAGGAAUGCAACUGCAUACUACCAGGACUCACUUUGAUCAUAUUUGUUAACAGAAAUAAAACUAAAGUGAAUUAUGGUCUGUCUAUUUUGUUUCUUUUUUUUUAUAUCCAGAUAUCUGUUUGCCUAGGUGAAAUUCCUGAAAGCCUUAAUACACGAGUGAAAAGAAAUCAAUACUUUUGAGGCUGUAAUGUUUGAGUUUAUGCAUGUGAAUUGUGAAAUACUUAGUAACUUUUUUCUAAUUUGAAUAAACUGCACAGUGGAAACAGA